GCACCAGUCCAUGGAUCAGUGGUGGAAAAUCACUGAAGGAGGGACAUGUGAAGUGAUCGCAGCACAUAGAUGCUGUAAUAAGAAUCGCAUUGAGGAGCGGUCACAGACUGUAAAAUGUUCCUGUCUACCAGGGAAAGUAGCUGGAACAACAAGAAACCGACCUUCCUGUGUUGAUGCCUCCAUAGUGAUUGGGAAAUGGUGGUGUGAAAUGGAGCCUUGUCUAGAAGGAGAGGAAUGUAAGACACUCCCUGAUAAUUCCGGAUGGAUGUGCGCUACAGGCAAUAAAAUUAAGACCACAAGAAUUCACCCAAGAACCUAACAGAAGGAUUUGCUAAAGCAGUAAAGGAAAACCAACCCUGCGGAAAAUACUUUUUAAGAAUCUAAAACAUCUUAUUCAUUACAAGCCAAAUGGAUUUCUAAUUUGCAUCUUUGACUGGUUUCCAGAUAAUCAUAGUGCUUUUACUGUAUAUCACAAAAUAUCCUAUAUGGGAAGACCUGGACUCCUUGGCAUGGAAUUUCCUCAAUGGAAAACGGAUUUUGAAAAACAAAUAUUUUCUCAGUGGAAAGAAAUUUGAAUUAUGAUGAACAAUCCACUUCUCCUAAUUUGGAUCUAUAAUUACUUUAUACCAUUUAAAAUAUAUGUAUAUAUAAUAUUUUGAAAUAUUAUAUAUUCUCUUCAAAAAUGAACCAUACCACAACUUGAGGCAACUGGUGUACCUCUUGAAUUUUGGAUGUUUGUUUCUUGUCUUCUUUUUCUACUGGCAAGGAAGACAUGUGCCCUUUUGAGAGUUCAAUAUAGCACUCAUCCUAGCAGGCCAACUACAGGUAGACUCCUGGAAUAUGAGACAUCACAAUACUGAAUCAAGAGAGCUUCCUUCUGUUAAUACCAGCUGGUCCAAGGAAGCAAGCACAUUGUGCUGUUUUAUUGCUUUCUACUCUGUGCAAUAUUAGCAUGCAAGCUUGGCUUACAUAACCAUACUUUAUAUUCAAUUGAUAUAUAAUAACCAUUCUAACCUCUUCCAGGAAAAUAUUUUUAGAAGUACUAGCUUUUCCACAGAUAAGAAAAUGAAUAUUCUUGAGGUAGCUUUUCCACCAUGCUAUUAAGACUCUGGCAGAGUUAUGAUAGAAUAUGGAUCCCUGAAUAAAUAAGUCCUGUAAAUACAAUGUCUUAAGGCUUUGUAUAGUUAUCCUAGACUGCGAACUGUCCUUUGAUUAAAUCCAAAGUCUGGCAUCAUUAAGUACAUAAUGCUGUAUCAACAAGUCUUACCAUUGCACCUCUUUCUGUGUUGAUUUGCUUCUAUUGAGAGUGUUUAGAUUUCUUCUGGUGACAUAGGAAGACUAUUAAAGCAAUUGGAUUUCAGAAUGGUCUAUGUGACCAAAUACUGGACAGCCUUAUUAAAGUGGUAAAUAAUUUAUUUAUAAA